AUGAGCGGAUAUCUCUGGAAAUAUUACCUCGAAGAUGAUGUCGACAGUUUCCGACAUGUCCUCACCAACACCACGCAUACCGCUCGCGCGGCAACACACAAGGCCUCUGCUGGCUGGCAGGGAGGAGGACAUGGCUCAGCAGUGAACGGCAGCCCGGGCAGUUACAAUCCAUCGCCCAUGACCAGUGCGAAGAGUCGUAAAAUGGGAAUGGGGGCCGCUGGAAGCCUAAAUCGCUCCGACAUCAAUAGUCGCGAUGCAGCUGGUAUGACGAUACUGCAUCAUGCUGCUUCGUCGCUCGUGGAGAGUGCUGUCAAUUUUGCUCAAGCCCUUCUUGAACACCCCUGGACAGAUGUGUACAUACAGGAUGCUGAGAACGGUUGGACUGCGCUUCACCGAGCGUUUUAUUUUGGCAACAUCGCUAUUGCUCGGCUGAUAUUGAAUCGAGACUCCCAGGACAUACUUGGCCACGGAUCCAUUGGUUUCAAUCAACAUGCACGAGGGCUGGUGAAGAUCAAGGAUAAGGAAGGCUAUGGACCCUUGGAUCUCUUCGCCAUGACCAUCAAAGACCGCACGUUGCGCCCAGAAGAAGCGCCCGUCUCAGAUGCAGACUCGGACGAUGAGAUGGCUCAUGGUGACAGUGGCGAUGUAGACGAGGAGACGCGCAGACGACUGAUUGUUCCGCCCGUCCUCUUAGGUGGCGAUGAGGUGUUUACUUUUGGAAGCAACAAGAACGUCACUCUCGGCUUCGGCGAUGAAGAUGACCGUCAAUAUCCCGAGCGCAUCACCAUCAGGAGACCAGACCAUCUCCUCCAGCGAUUUUACCGAGAGCAUCGUGAAAGGCAGAAUCAAUACUGGGCCGCGAUGGGUUUGCCAGCUCCAGAUCUGGGGCCUGCGCAGCCGAAAGGGACGGUUGAGCUUCCAACUCAUGUUCGCAACACCCCCAUAGUCAUCCAGGAUGUUCGCAUGUCAAAACUACAUACCGCAGUCCUCACCACUGAUCCAGUCUCCAAUUUAUACAUGUGUGGUCACGGACCCGGCGGUCGUCUAGGAACAGGAAGCGAGACGACAAGAUACCAGUUUACCUGCAUCGAAGGUGGCGGCUUAGGCCAGAAGAAAGUCGCUGCAGUCGCCCUAGGCCAGAAUCACACGCUAGCGAUCACCGAGGAAGGCGAGAUUUACUCUUGGGGUAACAAUGCAUACGGGCAGCUUGGCUACACUUUGCCAAAGCCGACCUUGAAAGACGACGAUCCAAUCUCGACCAUCCCUCGACAGAUCUUCGGUCCUCUCAAGCGUGAGAUUGUUGCUGGUGUCUCCGCAUCGCGCAUCCAUUCGGUAGUACACACUACCACCUCUCUGUACACGUUUGGAAAAAAUGAAGGGCAGCUGGGCAUUGUUGACUCUGAUGCUCGGUCGCUUGAGAUGCAGACCAUCCCUCGCAAGAUAGCCGCUGCGCUCUUCUCCAGUCCUAUUCAUUCAGUUUCAGCCAUCGAUGGCGCUACUAUAUGUCUGCUCGAGAACCGCGAGGUUUGGGUAUUUGCAAACUACGGCUAUGCGAAGGUGAACUUUCCACUCGAAGGUUUUACGAGCAACUUCUUGAAAGAGAGCUGGUUGACCACCAAGUACGAUACUGCACCCAACAAAGUCAAGAAGAUCACAUCCGGUGGAGACACUAUUUGCGCGCUCACAACAUCAGGUGAGAUCUUCACGGUCGCCGUAAGCCGGCGCACAGAAGGCUCACAAGAUACCACUACCUCGACUACCAAUCCGAAGCAGAUUCGUGGGGCUUUGUCCGUACCUUAUCGCAUAUGGUCCUCCAAUAAGAGCCAUAUGGCAGCAAGAGAUGUCGAUGUUGACCAAGACGGCUCUGUGAUUUUGACAACAGAAGUCGGUAGUGUUUGGAGGAGAACGAAACGCGCGACUAUCAAGAACGCCGCCACCGUCACUGCUGCGGAGGCUAGACCACAUGACUUCAAGUUCCAGCGUGUAUCGGGAUUGACCCGUGUUACAGCUGUCAGGGCUUCGGCGUUCGGAGCCUAUGCCGCCAUACGAAAGGAUUGCGACGUCACGAGGAAUCAGAUCGGUGUCGAUGAGCCCAACCUGUGGGAUGAAAUCUCUCCACUGCUCUCCUUCUAUGAGAUGACCAACUAUGAGGAAGACUCGGAUGAUGACGAACCGGAACCUAGGUUUUGGCGUAGGUCUGCAGAUUCGCAGGGUCUUCGGAAGCGAGCCCUGAAGUCGAAAGACCUCGAGACAGAGAUUGCCGAGAUACUACAACGACCUACUGUGGCUACGGAUCGAACCUAUAACAUGGAAGUGUGCACGACGACGUCGGAAGUGCGCAUUCCUGUUCAUGAACUGAUCCUAGCCGGGCGAAGCAGAGUGUUCCGAGAUGCACUUCUUGACUUCCGAUUGCAAGGUACCAGCCAUGUCAUACCUGAUCUAUUAACCAUCAGAAGCGAUGGGGCACGAGUUCUGGUCCAGUUCCAGGGUCUGGACUUCCUUGCUAUGUUCAACUUCGUCCUCUACCUAUACACUGAUUCGGUUGUGGAUUUCUGGAAUGUCACUCGACAUUACCCCACCUUGGCGUAUAGAUAUCGUACCAUUCGCACGGAACUGAUGAAGGUCGCCUCUCGUCUUGAAUUGCGACAGCUUGAGCCCGCUGUACGCCAGAUGGUCAAUCCGCGAAGAUCCCUUCACAUGGACAUGGAGCUCGCCAUGAAAGAUCAGUCCUUCUUUGAGAGUGGUGAUGUCGUUGUCGACCUCGCUGAUGGCGAAAUGCUUUUGCAUUCGGACUUAAUAUGUCAACGAUGCCCAUUCUUUGAAGGCUUGUUCAGAGGACGUGCAGGCGGGCAGUGGCUUGCUGGACGACGCACCGAAGAUUCGGCCCUUGUUCAUAUCGACCUGACACAUGUUGAGACACAUCUUUUCAAAUUGGUAGUCCGUCAUCUGUACACCGACGCCGGCGAAGAGAUCUUUGAAGACGUUACAAGUGAGGAUCUCAAUGAUCUGCUUGCACUUGACGAGCUGCUGGAUCAUGUCAUGGAUGUCAUGUCUGUUGCAAACGAGUUGAUGCUCGAUCGCCUUACGCAGAUUUGUCAAAGACUAAUCGGUCGAUAUGUCAAUGCUCGCAAUGUCUGCUCACUACUCACAGCAAUUGCACCGAGUUCAGUCGCAGAGUUCAAGGAUGCAGCACUGGAAUACGUGUGCCUCAGCUUGGAGGCAGUCAUGCAGAACGGAUCUCUUGAUGAGCUUGACGAUGAUCUACUACUAGAGCUCAAUCAGGUAGCCCGUGACAAUCAGCUUGCCUACCUGCCAUUCGCAAGAAGUGGACGUGCAGAAGCCAUGCUCUUCGAUCGUUAUCCAGAACUCGUCGAGCGCAUCGAGCGCAGCAAGCGUUCAAAGAUCGAUGCCAUAGUCCUAUCCAACAAAUAUGCUGAUGGCGACAAUGCUGCUGCAUCUUUUAGAGCCCAAAGCUUAGAAGAGGUGGCGGCUUCGCCCUUGCGCCAACGCAAUCGGAGGCGUGCGUCCAAGGAGGCCAAGAGCCCAGCCUUGACUCCUGCACUCAAGGGCAAGAACUCAGUUCAGGAUCUCAUGUUUGAGAUGUCUGACGGAGAUGAAGAUGACGAUGGUUCAACAGGCAAGAAGAUUCAACCCCUGCGGUUCGCAGAGGAGGAUGCCGGAAUGAAGUCUGCAACUUCACUAACUAGCUCUCCAAAAGGGCCAUGGGCUGCAAUUCGAAGGCAGAACCAACUUUCACCCGACAGCUUUGAUCUUGGAGCAGAUGUUCCAGUCAAAUCGUUGAGCCCUCUGCCUCCACCUGUAAUGCAACCUGUAAGAACGCCUGGUCGACCUUGGGGUGCGGCGCCUCUUGUGGCUGCGAAACUGGAUCUCAAGGAUAUCAUGGCCCAGGACUCAUCCGCUACACCUUCAAAUCUGAGUCUUGGCCUAUCUCGAAGAGAAAAUGAACGCAUUGCAAAAGCAGCUAGCGUCAAAAUGUCACAGAAAGAGCGGAAGCGGCUUCAGCAAGCUCAACAACUGGGUACGCCGGCUGAAAAGCCGACGCCAACACCACCUGCUGUAUCGCCAUGGCAGGUCACAGCUCGGAAGCCAAGUAACAGGCCCAUUGUUCUUCCAAUCGCACAAGCAUCGCCCAUACCAGCACCUGCGCCAUCGCGAACAUUUAGCACGCCGCAGCUCACGAUGCGGCAAACUGUCGCCAACAAGAACACAUCCAGACAGAAAGACAAGCGCGCUGCCUCUUCGACUGGUCAAAGCGGUGCUCCGUCUUCACCAGCCCGGCCCGCCGCAAACGAGAGGGGAAUGUCGGUGUCAACCGACCCGAUCCCAGCACCAAGGUCUGUCCGUCACAUCCCACUUCCACAGCACGAUCCGACAUCGCCCAGCCAGAACCUCAGCAUGAUGGAGAUUCUCUCCCUCCAAGCCGCAGAGAAGGUCUCGAUCCGCGAUGCGGCAGCCAAGCGCAGUCUACAGGAAAUUCAGCAAGAACAGGAGUUUCAGGCGUGGUGGGAUCAGGAGAGUCGGCGUGCCAUGGAAGAAGAGGCGCAAGCUAAGCGUGCGGCAGAACGCGCUGCCAAGGCUUCAGGCCGUGGGAAGGCAAAAUCAAGAGAGGGUGGCCGAGGUGGUAAGGCUGAGGGCAGGGGCACAGUCGAAGACAAAGAUGGCGGCAAGGGCAGUGGGAAUGUGGGUGCGGAUAAACAUCAGGCUAGGGCUGCGCCAAGACAAGAGGGCGGUGAGCGAGCUGAUAAGCGAGAUGGUGAUCGAGCGCGAGGUGGUAGAGGCAGGAUCGGUCGUGGUGGGCGUGGUGGUGGUACACGAGCUGCAAGACCACAAGGGCAGCAGCAGGGAGAAGCUGGACCGGCCGCAGCACCACCAGUCCAACGCCAAACGUCUGCCGCUGUGUAG